CGGUGCCGGGCGGUUGCUGACGGCGCCUUCUGUCCCGUCCCGGCCACGAUGUCCGGCGGCGGCAGCCGGCGGCGGGCCGGUCCCUCCUGGCACAGCACCUUCUCCCGCUUCUUCACCAGGAGCCCAGCCGGGGAGGCGGCGGCGGGCGCUAACAGUUCUGAAAACAAAGGGAACGAAGCCAUAAAUUCAAAGAGCCACCAAAAGGAAAACACAACUCUGCCUGCACUUUUUAAGGUUCGUCAAAAUGAAGAGAAGAACCAUUCCACUGAAGAACUUAGCAAGUCUGAAAUCCAGGAGGAGCUGAAAAAGGCUAAUAGCCUUCCCAGUUUGAUUCCUGGAAUCAAAACAGCGGAUAAAGACAAGCAACCCCGAGAAGGUUUCUUUCAUUUUCUUGGGAGCUUAUUUAAUAUUGCCACAAGAUCUUCUUUGGUAGAAUCUAAACCAUCUACCUUCCAAGAUGAACCCAACAGAUGUGAAAAGGAUUUACAGAACACAAAUACACUUCUGGAGGACAUGCAGGCAAAGAGCCCGAAAAUUGAAGAGCCUAUCUGUUCUACAGCUAGAAUAAAAGAGGAUUCUGUAAAUAAAGAUGAUGCCAUCUUAAAUAAUACUGGGAAAGAUAGCUUACAGGAUCUGCCAGGAGGCCGGAAACGACCUGCAGAUGGACGAAAGCAGAUGCAGCGGAAGCCAGAAGCACCUGCAGUCACUUACGCAACGUAUCGAGGUUCUGCAAGGAUAAGGCAGCUACUGAAGAAUCAAUCAGAAACAGCUGAAAAAGGAGAAGAAAGUAUUGAGAACACAGGUGCUUCAGUGGUCAGAGAAAAUGGGGAAAUCCAUACAACUGUGUCUCUGAAAUCAGAACACUUAAUAAAAGAAAAUGGAGAACUUGAGGGUAAAGGUCAUGAAGUUGAUGCUGUAGUAAAUUCUUCUGCAGUUAACAUGGGAAGGAAAAAGUCUGGUAAAGCUCAACAUUGCAUGGGUAGCAAUAAACAUGAAACAACUGCAAAAGCCACAACUUCUCAUGAGAUAGACUUCAAACCUACACCUGCUUUAACUGCAGCAAAUGUUAAAAGGACAUAUUCACUAGAUUCAUUACUAUCAUCUAGUAGUAGAAACGGUGAGAUCUUAACCAGUUCCACUUCCCAGAUUACCAGUUCCCUUAAAACGAGUUCUGCAAAUGAUUUGUUGAGCAAAGAGGAUGGGCUGCUGCGAGAAGCAGAAGCUGUGUUUCAGACAGACAAAAAUGCCUCUUCUAACUUUGAUGAAGAAAAUGAUUGUAGUAAAACAGCUAAUAAGGAGGCCACAAAUGAAAUGCAGGAUGAUUGUUUGCAUUCACCCAAAUCGGAAAGCAAGACAGUUAAUGAAGAACUACAGGUGAAUAAGGGAGAAUUUUGCUGUAACUAUCAAAUGGAUCUUCACUCGGAGCUAACAUUGGAUGUCCACAGGCUUCAUUCCAGUACCACUACAUUUCAGCAGCGAGUGGAUCAGCAUACAGGUAGUGCAAAUAAAAAUAGUGAUACACAGAAAAUUGUGGCAGCUGUAGGAGAGCAAAGUCCACACAACUUUACUGCUACAGGUCCUUUACCUUUUAGUGAACAAGUACCUACUCUGCUUAGCAUGAAGUCCAAAGGAGAAAAAUGUGUAGCUUCAGGUAACCUAACUACUUCUGUGUCACCUGUUAAAAAUGAUGAAGAUACUGUCAUGGACAAGGGGACUUGUAAUGAAGAGCUGUUAGAGAAAUCGGUACAUAUACAAAACGAUCACCAAUUAACCUGUGUGGAGAAUUCUGAGGAUACUGCCACUCAGCAGACCUUUUUACCUGGUCUAGAAACUGAGGGUGAGGAAACAAUGAAGGUUUUACCUGAAGUUGUAGCAGAAAACCUUGCCAAUGUAUCAUCAUGCAUAAAUGGGUUUGAAAGCGUGAAAUCUAACUUUGAUGAUCUGACAGCACCUCUCUCUGUAACUUAUGAGUCUUCCUUUGAAACUGGAGGCUGUCGCUCAGCUCCUCUAUAUCCGAGUUGCAAGUUCAACAAUAAAACUGUAGGGAAAAGAGAAGUUGGUUUGAAAGAUGAGAGAGAGACACUUUCUUGUUCUGAUCUUGAACUUGAGAAGAGCAAAUCCUUUGAGCCUACAGAGAUGAGCAUCCCUGAAAACUCUAUUCCUGUCCACAACCAUCGUCCUGUUUCCCUUGAAAGUGUUCAAGAUGCUUCUGCUAAACCGUUAGUUACACUCACAGAAGGUAACACAGCAAAGCCUGCACCUUGCUCUUUAAUCCCUGUUGACAAGACACAUGAUUGUGCUGCUGCCGCUUCUGAAGUUGACAAGACUGGUAAGCCUGAGGUUGCUCCUGUUCCUCCUGAGUGUAAAGAUUACAUCUUUGAACUUCCCUCUCAUAUUUCUCAGAUGCAAGAAAAAAAUCAGGAGGAUUCUCAUUCUGCCUUGAGAAAUGGAGAAAGACCUUUGACAAAUCAUUCUGCUUUUGUCUGUGAAGGUGACAUUGAUGUAGACAUCGUUUCUGAAUCUCCACCCAUUUCUGAAGAUAGGUGUAUUAAUUUUUCAGACAGUAGUAAGUUUAGGCUGUCACCCACAGUACUUGAUUCUUCAUCUGACAACCAAGGAAAAAUGCCUUCUCCUGACACUUGCUCUGAAAAUGGCCAGACUGCUAGAUGGUCUGCUGCUUCUGAAAAGGACAGCCUUAUUUUUCCAGCUGCUAAGCCUAGGAGAAUAAUUCCAGAGGACAGAAUGACCAAGGUGGCACUUUGCUCAGGAGACCCAAGAGCUUUGUGCCCAGCUGGUUGCCUGGAACCUGAGCUUAGUCUAGCUACACUUGAUAGCUCCGCUGUAGGAGUAGAUGUGGGGCAUGUUUCUGUCCCCAGCCCCACUUCACCUACUCUGGGAUCCAGAGAAGCCUCCAACCUUUCUGUUUUUGCCAUGGAAAUGUUAGGUAUUGCUGAGGGGAACAGUAAUUCUUCCAGUCACAGAACCAGUGAUGGUGUAGAGGAGGCCUCCUGCAUGCAAAAGGCAGACAGAAGUGUCUUGGCAGGGGCAAUGCCUUUAAAGUCUUUGGAAACAGCAUCCGAGUCAGCCUGUACUGAGAGUGUGUGCAGAAGUGCAGUAGGUCAGGUGAUACUUGGUUACUGUCCUCCUAUCUCAGAACCCCCUUGUGUGAGGGAUAACGAAAUAGCUGCUGCACCUACAGAGUUGAAUGAGCUGUGUUCUGAGGAGGUAGGGGAAGAUACUGAUGUAAAGGGACAAGAACGUGCUAAAUUCCAAGAUGCUGUGGUUUUGUUUAAAAAAGCUGAGGAAAUAACGGACUCAGUUUUACACUUGGCUAUAGAAGAAAUAAUAGCAAAACAAGCCAUUGGUAUUUGCCAGCUUUGUGGGAGCAAAGAUAGUUCAAUAAAUAUGGAUAUUCUACAUGAUCAGAAAGAUGAAACUGUGCAGCUGAAAGCAGAAGAAGUCCAGUCAACUGUGCAGUUAUUAAAGCAUUUUAAUGAGAGCGGUAGAGGAGGCUCAGCUUCAGUUACAAGAAAUGAAACAAAUCAUCAAGAUGAAAAGAUGCUAUCUUAUACCCCUGAUAAAACUGACCUGCACAGCGCACUAACACUAAAAGCAAAAGAAACAGUUGAUGAAGUCAUUAACUCAGCCAUACAGAAAUUGGCAUCCAGUCAGCAGCAAGGCAGUGAAAGUAAAAAAACUUCUGAAAAGGUCGAGCCUAAACCUAAGGCUGAAAUACCAACAAUUUUAAACCUGGAUAUCCAUUUACCUGCAAAAGCACAGAAACUAGCAGAAAAGAAGGGAACAUGGAGUGCAACUGUAAACUGUGAAAAGGCAGAUUGCUCAGAUCCUCCUUUGCUUCCAAAUAAUAUGGCAAACGGCAUAGACUGGCCCCAAAGAGGUGAAAAGAUACCAAAUAAUGCAUUUACAUGUCAAGCAAAUGGUUUUCUACCCACUGGAGGUUCAGCAAGGCCAGAAUCAGAUCUUAUGACGCCAGUAAAAGAGAGGGACAGUAGAAAGGACUGUGAAUAUCUGGCUGCAGCAGAGAUGUGUAGCAGAGCUGGAGCAUCAGCAACUAACAGAAAAUCUGAUGGAUCUUUACAUUUAAUACAUAAAGAUGCUACUGUGACUGAAGAGAUGCUUUUGUCGUUGCAGUUAAAGGAUUCUUGCAGUAAUACAGAUGUGCCUGAGUGUUCAUUGCAGCCAAUUAUAAAUGAUAAUUUGUCAUCUUCUAUGCCUGAUGAAGAAUGUAUCGGUGUGCAGAGUGAAUCUAAAGACAGAAGCAGUGCCUGGGGGUCUCUGGAAAGAAGUGCAGAGGACAGUUUUUAUGAACGCUGCAGUAGAGAAGCUGCAGAAGUACCUGCACAAGUAAAAGCAAUCUUAGAAGAUUUAAAGGCAGUGGACAGUAAAGAGGAACUAGCAGAAGGGGCAAGUGAAAUAGCAGAGAUUAAUGCUGGCUUAAAUGCGCAGUUCAUUGUACCUGAAUUGUCUGUAAUUGGAGAUGAAGAGGAAAACUGCUUCAGCACGGCUGUUGCCCAAAAUAAUGGGAAUCUGAAGCAGGUACAAAUGAAAGAUGAAGACAUGAAGAGAAAUGAUCAGCUUCAAGAAAAUGGUCUGGAUUCUGACGAUGUUACGAAGGAAUCCACAGAUCUUUUGGCCUUUUCUCCACUAAUUGAACAGUGGGAAAACAGUUCUUUCACUAUCAUUUAUGAAGGUGCUCUUCAAACUGAGAACAAAUCUGUCUCAACUGAUGACAUGCAAACUUGUUUGCUUUCUUCUUCUGAUUUGCAUUCAGAUAGUAUAGGUCAUUUAAUGUGUGAAAGAGCAAAGAAUAAGCAUGAGCCAACGUGCCUUUAUGGGAAGGAUAACAAGCUGAAUGAAGCAACAGAUAGCCGUAGCUCAGAGUCAUUUCUGAGUGUGGAGGCCAGGCGCUAUAGAGUAUAUCCUUUCUCUUUGUCUCCAAUAUAUGAAGACGACAGCUCUCAAGAAGAUUUACUUUCCACAGAUGUGUCACCAGAAGGCCACCCUAGUGGAAUAUCUAAAGAUAACUCUGACCAUGCUUCUGUGCUUUCUCUUCUCCAGUCAGUUUCUGAGCGCUUACAGUUUACUUCUCAGUUCAGUAAAGAGGAGGAGGAGGAAGGAGUGGAGGAUGAGGAGGAGGAUGAAUCAUCAUAUGAAGAAAAUGCAGUUAAUGUUGAGAGAGAAGACGACUGUUUUUCCAGUCAGUGGAGGAGAAAUUUAAAACCAACCCUUCAAUCAAAUGACCAAAAUGGAGCUUUGUUUUCUGAACAAUCACUUUUUCUCUCAAAAGAGCUUGACUCUAAAGAGCAGCCAGAACUGUUUCCAGAUGCAGCUUCUCCCAGUCAAACACCUUGUAAGCCAGUUUCGCAGAAAGCUGAUGCUGCUCUAGAGCUUCCUCCUCCAAGUGUGUACUACCAGUACUUGAAAUCUGCCAGCAGUUGCUCCUCUGAGAAGGGAACCAGGUUUGGAAGCCUUCUCCAGGAUAUGUUUCUGCCAAAGAUUCACUGGUCUCAAGACAACACCAUGCCAAAAUUGGGAGAAUUGUCAGCGAACCUCGUUGAUAGGGCAAGUCUGAAAUAUAAUCCAAGACCAGGAAAGAUUAUUAUUUAUGAUAUUUAUGGCGACAAAAGUAAACAAGAAGUUCAUUCUGAUGUGCUAGAUACCACGUCCUGGAUCUUUCCCAUUGGAGCAUUACUUAGGAUAAUUAGAGGAUGUUGGAUUUUUUAUGAGAAACCAAAGUUCCAGGGUCGGAAGUAUGUACUAGAAGAAGGAGAAGCUGUGCUGGAUCACCUUUGGGAUCUCCCAGGUGUGAAACAUCAUCGAAGAAACCUCACAGUUGGUUCGAUCAAGCAUGUAACAAAGGACUGUGGUGUUCCAGAGGUUGAGUUCUGCCUGGCAGCUGGUUGUACAGAGGGACUUCCUAUCUGCAUACAGGGUGCAGUUGCCAAUUUAGAAGAACUGGAUGUUGAGAAAAACCCUUAUAUAAAAGUCAAAUCAGGAGUAUGGCUUGCUUAUUCAGACUUUAAUUACAAGGGAGAGAUGAAGGUCUUGGAAGAAUGUGAUUCACCAUCUGAAAUUCCUUCAGCAGAUGUAAAAUCUCUGCGUCCCUUAAAAAUGGGUGGGCUAAAGGUACAAAUGCCAAUGAAUGUCAAGAUAAUAAUAUAUGAGAAAACCCACUUUGGAGGAAGGUCCAAAGAGUUUUCAGAAAACAUCAGUUCUGUCCCAGCUCUGUUUGGUAAUGAAGAGGGAUUUAAGGAAAUUGGAUCAAUACGUGUAAUUGGCGGAGUAUGGGUUGCCUAUGAUAAGGAGCGUUACAAAGGCCAUCAGUACUUGCUGGAGGAGGGAAAUUACGAAGACAGACACUCAUGGGGGGGAACUGACAGUAUCCUGUCUUUCCGGUUCCUUCAGGCUGAUUUCAUAGAGUCAUCAGUGGCACUUUUUCAGUCUGAUGAUGAAGACGGGAAAGCAUUAGAUAUCGUCAAUGAAGAAAUCCCUGAUUUGGAGAAGGCUGGAUUUGGUUCAGAGACAAGGUCAAUUCUUGUGAGAAGUGGAGUGUGGAUUGCAUAUCAGCAGAAAUACUUCUGUGGAGAACAAUAUGUGCUGGAGAAAGGAAAAUACAAAUGUUUCUUUGACUGGGGAGCAUCUAGUAAAAUCAUCAUGUCGAUUCGACCUAUUAAGUUGGAACCACUUGGAAUGAAUGAGCCUCCACAUUUGCUCAAAGCUUUCAGUAAUACACAUUUCCAAGGAGCAUGUAUAGAUUUCACAGCAGAAGUUUCUGAUUUUACAUCAUUCAUACCAUGUUCUUUUAAGGUUCUUCGGGGAUGUUGGCUCCUGUAUUACCAAGGGGAAACCACUGACAAUCACUGUGUGCUGGAAGAAGGCCUCUACGUUGACCUCAGUUCCUGUGGCUGCCCGACUGCUACAAUCAAAUCCCUCAAGCCUAUUCAAUAUGUUUUUGCUGAGCCCUCCAUCAGUCUGUUUGCUCUGGAAUGCUGCAAGGGCAGAGAGCUGCACUUCAGUGAACCAAUCAAUUCUGUUUUGAAUGAGGACCUUCAUUUUUACACUCAGUCUGUGUGGGUGAGAAGUGGAUUGUGGAUUGCAUACGAGGGAUGUAAUUUCUUAGGAAAGCAGAUUCUGCUGGAGCCCAGUGAGAUUUCAAACUGGGAUGAACACAGUGGCUGGAAAGUGAUUGGCUCCCUUCGUCCUGUGAAGCAGCCAGCAGUGUACGUCAGAGUGAAGAACCGAGGCCAAGGCAAAUACCUGACAGUGGCUGGGAGCCUGGCUGAUGUAAGAGCCACAUCAGUGUGUGCAUCCCCAUACAAUGGCAAGAACACCCAGAUCUGGCACUACUGUCGUGGACUCUUCAAAUCCAAGGCUAACAACGCCUGCCUGGAUGUCAUUGGGGGCAGAGACGUACCCGGGGCCAAAGUGGCGCUCUGGGCAGAACAUGGGAAGGACCGGCAAAGGUGGAGACUCAAUGAGGAUGGAACCAUCAGUUCAUACCUCAGCGAACAACUGGUGCUUGACAUUAAAGGAGGAAAUUAUUAUGAUAAGAAUCACAUCAUUAUGAAUCAGCCGAUAGACAACAAACAGUCACAAAAAUGGGAUAUUGAAAUAUUGUGAAUAAAACCCACCGCACAGAUGCACCUUGUGUGUGUUAUUAACACCUAGAGGGGAAAAACACCCAAACAACUACUGAAGUCACACACCACUGGAACAGUAAGCAGCAACUCGUCUCUGCUUUCCUUCCUACCAAGCACCAGCUCCUAAAAACAACUGAAUUUUGCACAAAUACAGAAGAUGGGAGGUUCAUAUCAUGUGUUUCUGCAGGGAAGCUGUGCUUCAGAGGCCACUCCUGUGAAGGUCACUGUUACUUUUCAUCUGGAGUAUUACAUGAGACUACAUGCAAGUUUUGCAGGAUGUGAACUGCAAGGGAUAAUAUGGGAAAGCCUCUUUAGAAAUGUUGUCUUUACCUUCCCCUCAAACUGAUGGAAGCUCAGUGAAGAAUGAACGCAGCAUGAAAGAGGUUGCGUUGGACUUCCAUGUCCCAGUUGAAACUGUUUAGGUUUCAAGUGACCAUGAAGCUCAAACCAUAUCUCUUGCUAAAUGCAGUUUACUUUGUUCAUAGAGACAACGCUGAACUGGACUUACCAGCUCAGCAUGUGAAAUGAAGCAGUAGAGAAAGCUUGACUUCCCCCUGCCCUGAUGUUACUGGUAGGUCUUUGUUUUCAUUUGUUUUAGCAGUACCAACUUCCCAGGUUCAGGAACUGGUUUUGCUGACCCGUGGCCUGUUUCCAACCAAUGAAAUUGUGAGUUAUCACUGAAGAUCACCUUCAACACGGAGCCGUAUCUACACGUAUCAGAAGAAACGGUCCUGGGUCAGGCUAGACUUCUACAAGGGCUAGCUGCAUUUAGAGCAGUAAUGAUUUUUAAGUCUAGCCAAACUUUUGUUUUGCUGUAUAUAGAUUAAUUUAAUGUAAUUUGGUCUUGAAACCACAUCCUCCUUCAGAAGAUAAUUCCUAGUAGGUAUUUUCAAAGGUGCUAGCAGGCUAUUUCCAAACUAGUUUAAUGUAAAAAGAACAGCAUAACUACAUGCUCACAUUACUGUGGCUCAUCAAACCUCAGGCAUCUUAGCCCAAAGGAUAAGGACAUGCUGGCCCUUCCCUCAGUUUCAGCACUGUGCACCCAGUGAUACGAGCUAUCACUUGAGACAGACAGCACCAAAUACCUGACUGGAGUGCAGCUGUUGCAGGCUUGAAAAGCAAACGGGCAGAACUGUAGACAGCUGUUGAAAACCUGAUGUGAAGUGCCCUUGGAUUACUGGUAACUUCAUUUGGUUUCAGUAUCACUAAAUUAAUCUAUUUCAUUAAAAAGGGUUUUUUUUCCUUCUUUGUAUAUUCAGGGUAUAUAUUUCUGUAACUAUUUAAAGAGUCCAGGUUAGCUACAGAUGGAUAUUUUGGUUUCCAAAAGCUGUAACUCUUCCAGUUGUUCAUUCAGACACAUCCCCAGACAAAUCCAACCACAUAACCCUAAGUUUGCCACAGAAAUAAAAUAAAUGGAUGUCUAUUUUUGUAUGAAAUGGAGUUCUAUAUAGUAUUAUUUAAAAAUAAAUCUACUUGCACUUACUAUUUUACAUUCUAAAGUUAUCCUAGCUCUUUAAGUAACAGAUUUUCCACUGUCUGUAUAUAUUUUACCAGCUAAAGCACUUGUUUAGCCUUUUCUAUGUAAGUCAGUGUGUCAAGUGUUCUACAUGGGACUUGCUCUCCAUAUGAAAUUUUAAAAGCCUGUGUAAAAAGUUCUAGUCUUUUAGCCCAAGGAUGAGUAAAUCCUCUUUGAUGUGGCAGUGUUAAAUAGCAAAGUAAAAGCAGGCUUUUGUACUGAAGAGAUCUCGAAUGUAAAAUGCCAAGCGUGUAUAUUUUAAUUGUAUGAAACUUUUUUUAGGA